UGCCAUGGCCCUGGCCAGCCCACUGGAGCGCCUGCACGAGGAAGCCAUUUGCUCCAUCUGCCUGGAGUACAUGAGCGACCCGGUGAGCGUCGACUGCGGGCACAACUUCUGCCGUGACUGCAUCGCCAAGCACUGCCAGGAGAAGGGGCUCUGGGCCGACAGACCCUUCUUGUGCCCGCAGUGCCGGGCCACCUGCCACCGCAGCAAUUUCCGCCCCAACCGGCAGCUGGCCAACAUCGUGGAGAGCAUUCGGCAGCUGGGGCUGCCGGCCGGCCCGGCCGCGGGGACCCUGCUCUGCGCCGCGCACGACGAGCGCCUCAAGCUCUUCUGCGAGGAGGACGAAGAGGCCAUCUGCGUGGUGUGCAGGGAAUCCCUGCAGCACCGUCCUCACACCGUCUACCCCAUUGAGGAGGCCGCGCAGGUCUACAAGGCCAAACUCCAGAAAUCCCUGGAGAAUCUUUCCAAGGAAGUGGAACAAGUGAAGAAAUGUGAGUCAGCAGAACGGAUGAAAACCCAGGAGUGCAAGGAAGCAGUGAAGAAAAAGAGGGAAAGGAUUGUGAGUGAGUUUGGGAAACUACAUCGGCUCCUGGCUGAUGAAGAGAAACUGCUGCUUCAGAAGCUGGAGGAGGAAGAGAAUCGGAUUCUGCUGAAGAUAAGUGAAAACCUUGCCCUGCUGGUAGAGCAAAAGUCCGCUCUGGAUGAGCUAAUCCUGGAGAUAAGAGAGAAGUUCCAGCAGCCUGCUGAUGGCUUGCUCAAGGAUAUGAAAAGCAUCCUGAACAGGUGUGAAAGCAUGAAAUUCCAGGCCCCUAAAGCUGUUUCCGUGACCCUGAGGGAAAACUACAGCAUCCCAGAGCGCUGCCUGGGCAUGAGGGACAUGCUGAAGAAAUUCAAAGUGGAUGUGACUCUGGACCCUGACACAGCGCAUCCUGAACUCACUCUGUCUGAAGACCGGAAAAGCGUGAAGCGUGGAGGCAAGAAGCUCAUUCUGUCUCUCUUUGACAACCCCAAGAGGUUUAACGCUACGCCGCUGGUGCUGGGGGUUCAGGCCUUCUUCUCUGGCCGCUGCUACUGGGAAGUGCAGGUGGGAGAUAAGCCGGAGUGGGGCCUCGGGCUGUGCAGGGAUUCAGCCAGUCGCAAAGGCAUCAUUCUCUUCUCACCCAGCAACGGCUACUGGGUGCUGCGACUGCAGGUCAAUGGCAACUAUGAAGCCCUCACUUCCCCCGUUUCCAUCCUGAACCUCAGCGUGAGACCCCGGUGCAUUGGAAUCUUCCUGGACUAUGAAGCAGGGGAAAUCUCAUUUUAUAAUGUGACUGACCGCUCCCACAUCUACACCUUCACGGACAAGUUCUCUGGCAAUCUCCGGCCUCUUUUCUUCCCUGGUGCCUUGAUGGGGGGCAAAAACGCAGAGCCCUUGGUGAUCUCCUGGAUGAGGGACACACAAGGGUCCGGGUGCAUCAUCCUGUAAUGUGUGGUUAAAAGGCUACCCUUGGCACAGGACAGCCAGAGACCUGUGGGCCUGACCAGCUCCAGUCCUGAGCGGGAGGUUGGCAAUGAGGCAUCACUGGAGAAAUAGGUGUGUGU